AACCGGAGGAGCUAGGAUUGCAAACCGUAAACAAAGCAGCGCUUGCUUAUCAUAUUCACACCAAUCUCUCUCACCACAGACGGGUUCGUAAUAUAGCCUCUUCGAAUAUUUCUGAUAAGUUGCAAAUGGCUGCUUGUGGAAGAAGAAAGGAAGAAGCUGAGGCGAAAGAUAAGGAGAAACCGCACUAAAUGGGUGAAAUCGUGAAUACUCCAGCGACAGGCUCAAGGGGCUUUCCCGAAACUGUGUCGAGAGCCGGAGAUAACUGAAAACUCCAGUUUAAAAAAAAUCGCUCGGCUUUUUCCUGUUCAGUUCCACAUGCUAAAGGAACAUAUCAGUCUAAUCAUCCAGAGGCAAAACACUAACAACCGGGAUUUUAUCUCCGUAGGGGAACGUCUGAUGAUUACACUACGCUUCUUGGCAACAGGGGAAAGCUUCAGGAGCCUUUCUUACCAGUUCCGAGUGGGAGUAUCAACAAUUCGGCAAUUCGUUCCUGAAACCUGUGCCGCAAUCUACCAGGUUUUAAAAGAGAAAUACCUGAAGUGCCCGGACACAGUGGAAGAGUGGCAACAAGAACUUCCCAAACUGCCUGGGUGCUCUGAAUGGGAAACACGUCAACAUUUGCCCCCCACCAGGAAUGGAUCAACAUUCUACAACUACAAGCAUACAUUUUCCAUAGUUCUAAUGGCACUGGUUGACAGCAGUUACAGAUUCCUGUAUGUAGAUGUCGGUUGCAAUGGGCGGAUUUCAGAUGGCGGAGUGUUUGGUGGAUGCUCACUGCAGGAUGCCCUGGAGAACAGAACAUCCAACAUCCCUGCCCCUGCACCACUUCCUGCUUCUGACCGGCUGCUUUUUUAUUUCAUUGUGGCAGAUGAGGCAUUUCCCUUGAAGGAGUACCUCAUGAAGCCAUAUCCAAACCGCAGGCUAUAUGUAGAGCAACGCAUCUUCAAUUACAGGCUGUCGCAAGCUCGGAGGGCGGUAGAAAAUGCUUUUGGCAUUAGCGAAUCAUUUGAGUCUUUCGAACCACCAUUAUUCAACCAACAUUGAAGACACUGCCAAAGUGAAGGACAUUGUUUUGGCUUGCUGUGCUCUGCACAACUUCCUGUGAGCUAUAUAUUGCGGGAAUCAACCUGGAAGGACCGGAUCAUGACACUGUCCCAGGAAGAUGGAGACAAGACCCUGACCUAAGGCAGGCCUCCCUGCCACACCCAACCAAUGCUACAACACGAGCCAAGCAGCUCAGGGAUAAACUAUGCUGUUACUUUAAUUCUGACAUCGGUUCGGUGCCUUUUCAGUCUUGCAAAAUAUAGGAAGUGUGUAAAAUACUGACAAACUUGUUGGUUUCCAGAAGUUGGCCUUGGUUUCAGUUCUAUGGCUGUAGUUUGAAAUUGCAAAAUGAAAGUUUUGUAUUUUGCAUUAUAAUAUUUUGUGUUCACACUUGACAAAGAAGUGCGAGUGCAAGUACCUUUUACCAAAAGUCAAAGUGUUUUAUUAUUAAAUGCGCAGUACAAUGGGCAAUGAAAUUCUUAGAAGGCAGAUAUAAAAAAUAUAAAAAAGUUAAAAAAGAAAAAUUUAGUACAAAUAUAAUUGUGCAGGAAUUAUUUACAUUUACGUACAUCUGAUACAACUAGUCCUUUGUUGCCACAUGUAACAUUACAGAUGUGUAAACUGUCUGUCAGAGGUUUCUAAUGCCAGGCCCUGGCCCACUGAAUACUUGAAGAUUCAGUUGUCCACCUCAUGCUGGAAAUAUGGCAGUAAAUGUCGGGGCAACUUCCACAUUCUGUGCUCAAUAUUUUUGCACUAGGCAGAGAUGGCAUCAUUGUGGUCUUCCUGAGAAGCUAACCUUUCCAAGGUUUUACCAAUGGUACGCAUCAGGUAUGUUGACUCCUCACUGGCAGACUCGUCCAGCAUCUUUCUGCGCUUCACCCGAGGCCUCGGAGUGCUUGACUGGAUGGAGGUGCUUGGCAAAGUGUCCUCUCUGAUGGCUGUGGACUCUGCUCCACAGAUGGUGGAUUCUGCUAGGGGUGUACUUGGCCUUGGCUCAGCCUCAAAGAAGCUGGGCUCUUCAGGGGUGCUGGUCCAGGUGUCACUGUUGGUGCCAUCUGAGUGUGAAUAGGAAUCAUCAGCAGCCGAAGGUUCCUUAAAAUAAAAAUUAAUUCACAAUGGGGGGGAUUUAAUACCAUGGAUUCUUACAACUGUUCACCAAGCAUUCAUAACAAUAACCGGGCAUUGUUAAAACAAUAUCCUGAAAAUUGGGCUCCAUUUGGUUGGGGUGUGGUCAGGUGUGAAAUGCCUGGUGUGAAUAAGCUUCCCUCACAGUGUAGACCAAUUGAUAUUAUACAGAUGCGCUUCAUGGCACAUUAUGGAAGAUAAUGGGAGAGUGAAACCAAGUUAACAUAUGAAAGGCUACAUGUGACUAGAGGGGUAGAAACCCCCACCUGGACAGUCAGUGGCCACUUCUUGCAAAUUUGUAUUAACAUUUUUGUCAUGUAGCAGAUGUUUUUAUCCAAAGCGACUUAAAAUAAGUAAAUGAAAGAAGCAAGAAACAAUGUUUUCUAUUAACUCAACAAAUAGAACAGUUAAUUUACCCUGAUAGUCAGGUUGGAAGUAGUCUCCUUCCUUUUUGUGUGGGGCUCUAAAAACUGCAGCUGGGUCAGGGCAUGUUGCUGCCUGCCAGUCUUCUGUGCUCCAAAACUUCGUGAGGGUGCAAGUUUCUUGCACCGUAUAUACGGUGUUCACAUAGAAUCCCACCUCUUUCUGAGCUCUUUCUCUGAAAGACAAAGUCAAGUUUUGUAAGCGCUGUUAGCAUGUCAAAUUCAUGUCUAUAUGCAGUGCCAACAAAGGUUAUUUUUGCUCUUAUUGUUGCGACAGGACAGAUUCAAGACACUAGCAAUUAAUAACAGCACAGCUGCCUGCUCCAUAACCGAAAUAAGCCUGGCUUAUUUUGGUAAACAGAAAAAGCUAAUUAUAUUUACUGUGCACUAGCAAACAAUAACAAACAAUUAUCACAACCAGCUGUAUACUAUUCGCUUAAUCUCAGUAACUGUCCUCUUAUUGGACACUUUCAUUCAUGAAUUAAUUAAUCCUGGUUUACUGUGCAUAGUGAAUUUCUACAAUGGCUUUGGUAAUUGAAAACUACUGUUUGAAUCAUGCAGCAGCCAGGCCACAAGGUGUCAGUGUAAGACAUACUUCGACGUACUUCAAAAAACUUACAGAGAGCACCUUUAAAAAAAAAUCUUAUUACAAAUCUAAUUUUAAUGUCUGUCCAGUCAAAUCAGAACUUGUGAUGUGUUUUUCUAUAGUUUUGUUCUGCUGCACCCAUUAAAUUGGAAAUAGUGGCCACAGCACUGCUUGUUGGAAAAAUGUAGCUUGUUACAGGAAAUUUUACACUACUUGAAAAGCAGCUGAACUUCUGGCAAUCUACUGAAUGUAGCAUUGCUGCAUUUUGUUAGCUGCUCCCCAACACUAGCAAUUGUGUGGCUAUUAGGUAGUGAUGGUGAAAUGAAGCUUUGCGAAGCACCGAGGCUUUCCCCUCAACUGUAUCGUGAAAUGGUUCAUUACUCGAAGCUUUUCAACACGGUGCACACUAAUGACAUCUUGUGGUCAAAAGGUUGAAAAGCUGCCUUUGCGUCCUAGAGGACCCAGCAAUUUAUUUUUUAUUUAUUAUUUCAUGUAAUAAAUCAAUCACUUUGUACUCUGAAAACCAUAAAGGCAAUAAAAAGAAUUAGUCUUUCAAGUGUCAUUGUUGAUGUAUUACUUACAUAAUGUAUGAAUAAAUUAAUUUAUGAAUUUAGAAAUGGGACGAA